UUACCAGCGCAUUAGAGCACACAACCACAGAAAAAAAGCAAAGCAUUCAUCUCUCUUCUCUCUCUCUCUCUCUCUCUCUCUCUCGGACGCACAAGUCCACAAGAGGAAAGCCAACCCAAAUAAACCAAAACCACUGGAUCUACGCCUUUGAAUCUCCCCGUCCAGCGAGCUCUUGUUGAUGUCUGGAAACUUCUGGUUCGAUCGGAUGCAUUUUCUGUGGAUUGUGGAGGAUGGGUAAAGGUCAAUUAUUUGUUUCAUCACGUUGAAAAUAUAACGUGAUCAGGAAAUAAGGAAACUUUUUUUAAACCAAUGGCUUCGGUGGACGUUGCACCUUCUUCUGGUUUGAGAGAACCCAGUGGUCAUACAGCCAGUGUUGAUCGGUUGCCCGAGGAGAUGAAUGACAUGAAAAUCAGGGAUGACAAAGAAAUGGAAGCCACUGUUAUUGAUGGUAAUGGAACGGAGACGGGUCACAUAAUUGUGACUACUAUUGGUGGUAGAAACGGCCAACCGAAGCAGACAAUAAGCUACAUGGCUGAGCGUAUUGUCGGACAUGGAUCGUUUGGAGUUGUGUUUCAAGCAAAGUGCUUAGAGACUGGUGAAGCUGUGGCUAUAAAGAAGGUUCUUCAAGACAAGAGGUAUAAGAACCGAGAGCUGCAAACUAUGCGCCUUCUUGACCACCCAAAUGUUGUUGCUUUGAAGCAUUGUUUCUUUUCAACAACCGAAAAGGAUGAACUGUACCUUAAUCUUGUACUUGAGUAUGUCCCUGAAACUGUUCAUCGAGUGAUCAAGCACUACAACAAAUUGAACCAAAGGAUGCCGUUAAUAUAUGUGAAACUCUAUACGUACCAGAUCUUUAGGGCAUUAUCAUAUAUUCAUCGCUGCAUUGGAGUGUGUCACAGGGACAUCAAACCUCAAAAUCUUUUGGUGAAUCCACAUACCCACCAGGUUAAAUUAUGUGACUUCGGAAGUGCAAAAGUCUUGGUAAAAGGGGAGCCAAAUAUUUCUUACAUCUGCUCUAGGUAUUAUCGGGCACCAGAGCUUAUAUUUGGAGCAACUGAGUAUACUACAGCUAUUGACAUUUGGUCUGCUGGCUGUGUUCUUGCUGAGCUACUCCUUGGACAGCCUCUGUUUCCUGGUGAGAGUGGAGUCGACCAGCUUGUGGAGAUAAUAAAGAUUUUGGGCACUCCGACAAGGGAAGAAAUCAAAUGCAUGAACCCCAACUAUACAGAGUUCAAAUUCCCUCAGAUUAAAGCUCAUCCAUGGCACAAGAUAUUCCACAAGCGUAUGCCUCCAGAAGCUGUUGAUCUGGUUUCGAGACUACUACAAUACUCCCCUAACCUGCGAUGCACAGCUUUGGACGCCUUGACGCAUCCAUUUUUUGAUGAGCUUCGUGAUCCAAACAGUCGCUUGCCGAAUGGCCGUUUCCUUCCACCACUAUUCAACUUUAAAUCACAUGAAUUGAAAGGAGUGCCGGUUGAGAUUUUGGUGAAAUUGAUCCCAGAGCAUGCAAGAAAGCAAUGUUCCUUUCUUGGUUUGUGAUUUGAUGUGAAAUGCAACAACUCGCACGAGUGACGUCCCUAUAUGGUAGCCGUGUUCGCUCAAUUUAUCUGAUUUGUUCUCUUUUCUUAAAUGUAUCUUUUGUUCAAUUACCUUGUUUUAUAAAAGCAGAUUUAGAGAUAUGCUACGUAUGUGCCCAAACCUCAAUGGGUGUUCUUAUUACCCUGUUCCUGUAUCACAUCAGCUUGUAACCUUGCAUAGAAGACAAAAGUCAGCACUUUCUAAAUUCCCAGCUGUAUUCCUAUUACUAGAAAAAAGACCAUUUCUGCUUGCA